AUGACUUCUCCAACACCAGAUAAACCAGGAACUGUUCCAGUUCCUAACCCAGGAUUUAUACACGAGGAGAAAGAGGCUCAGGACCAUACCAGUACUGAACCGGCACAGAAUGCAACUUCCAAAGAUUUACCUCCACAAGCUGUUCCACAAAUCAAUAUAACCAUAGAUAUGCUGCAGACCCUCAUACAAGGGCUCAGAACCACCAGACUAUCGCACGCGAUCAUCAACAAACAUCAUAACACCAAGGUUCCAGACCCUAAGCGCUUCGCUUCCAAAUCCAUCAAGAAAUUCGAGGAAUAG